GGACGAUCACCACCAAGUACGUUACGUACAAACAAGAAGAAGGAAGGAAAUUAAGCGGAUCGAUCGAUCGAGGCAGAAGGCAGCAGCUAGCAAUGGCAGGGAUGAUGAGUAGGAGUUUGUGCAGGUGGACGGCGGUGGUGGUGGUGGUGGUGGCGGCGAUGGCGGCCGGAGAGGCGAGGGCGCAGCUGCAGUACGGGUUCUACAACACGUCGUGCCCUGGGGUGGAGGAGGUGGUGCGGAGCGAGCUGAAGGGGAUCUUCUCCAACGACACGACGCUCCGAGCCGGGCUCCUCCGGCUGCACUUCCACGACUGCUUCGUCCGCGGCUGCGACGCCUCCCUGAUGCUCAACUCCCACAACGCCACCGCCGAGAAGGACGCCGACCCAAACCUCACCGUGCGUGGCUACGAGGCCAUCGAGGCCGUCAAGGCCAAGGUCGAGGCCACCUGCCCGCUCGUCGUCUCCUGCGCCGACAUCAUGGCCAUGGCCGCGCGAGACGCCGUCUACUUCAGCGAUGGCCCCGAGUACGAGGUGGAGACCGGACGGCGCGACGGCAACGUCUCCAACAUGGCGGAGGCGCUCACCAACCUGCCGCCGUCCGACGGCAAUGUCACCGUCAUGACCCAAUACUUCGCCGUCAAGAACCUCACCAUGAAGGACAUGGUCGUCCUCUCCGCCGCUCACACCAUCGGCGUGGCGCACUGCACCUCCUUCUCCAAGCGGCUGUACAACUUCACCGGCGCCGGCGACCAGGACCCGUCGCUGGACCCGGCGUUCGCCAAGCAGCUGGCGGCGGUGUGCAAGCCGGGGAACGUGGCCAGCGUGGAGCCCUUGGACGCUCUCACGCCGGUGAAGUUCGACAACGGCUACUACAAGUCGUUGGCGGCGCACCAGGCGCUGCUCGGCUCCGACGCCGGCCUCAUCGACGACAGCCUCACCGGCGCCUACGUCCGCCUCAUGACCAACGACACCAACCUCGACACCUUCUUCGCCGACUUCGCCGUCUCCAUGAUCAACAUGGGCAGGGUCGGCGUCCUCACCGGCACCGACGGCCAAAUCAGACCCACCUGCGGCAUCUACGUCGACUGAUCAUCUCCAUCAUAUCGAUUGAUUGCUUCAUUCUUCUUUAACCAAUCAAUCAAUUGACGUACGUACGUGCCGGCCAUUGUACGCGUUCAGGCUCCACGACAAUCGAUCAGUUAUUUGUGGCUCUCUCUCUCUCUCUCUCUUAUCUCUUGCCGGAUUUUAUUUUAUUUUUCUCAGUUUGCGGCUCUACUUUUCAAAGUCAAAGACAUUUUGUAACACAUUAAUUGGUUCCACGUUUGCUGGUAAUUGGUUUGCUGGAAUACUAUAUGUUGCUAAGCUGUUCUUUAA